GUGGAAGGGGAGUGACACAGGGCUAAACGUGUUCAGCUGCAACCUUCGUUUCCUUGUCGCAGGACACCCACAACAGUCACCAUGCUGAAGCGGUUGCGAAAAAAGCUGGACUCUGACAAGAAGCCAAGUGAAGAAGCACCAUCGCCUGUGGCAAAGACUGAAGUUUCUAAUGAUGAAGCACAGGGUUUUAUAUGUCCCAUGUGUAUGGUGUCUCUCAAGUCAGCAGGAGCCUUACAGAAACAUUUUGACAUUGAACACGCUGAAACUCCACAGCCACAAGUAGAGCCUAAGGAGGAUAGGGGUUUCCUAUGCCCCAUAUGUAUGAAAGAUAUGGUUUCACCUGAAGUCCUCCAAGCUCAUUUUGAUCGUGAACAUUCCGAGACAACGUCGUCAGUCCAUCAAGAGAAUAAUGCCAUUUUGACGGGUUUUACCUGUCCAAUGUGUAUGAUGGGAUUUCAGUCACCUGAAGCUCUUACAAAUCAUUACGAAUCUGCCCACAACAAGGCCACAUCAGAAAACAGAAGUGGCGACGUAUUAGCAAUGCGGCAAGAAAUUGAAGACCUGAAAAUUGCGCUCAAAGAUGCUAAGAAGACUACCGAGGAACAUCUUGGGGAACCAUCAGGAAGACUGCCUCCUAGUGAUACAGAAAAAAGUGAAUUGGAAAUGGCACGUCAGCAAUUAAAAGGAUCAGAAGAAAGCAGAACAUUAUUGAGUGCUGAGGUUCACAACCUCCAGAUACGACUCUCAGAGGCAGCUGAUGAGCUCAAGGCCAUUCGAUCCGAGAAGGAAUCAGUGGAACUAAAGGCUGCACACCUGGCUGGAGAGCUUGUCGCAGUGAAGGCAAAAGCGGAUGAGUGUGAGGGACAGAAAGCAGCCCUUGAGGACCAUAUCCGCACGCUCAAGGAACAAAUUGGAGAGAAAACAAAACAUUCCCAGAGCUUAGAAGUUCAGUUGGCACACAGUCAAGCCCAGAUACAGCAGAAGCAGUUACUGGAACAAGGACAAAUUGCCAUGGAAGCCGAACUUAAAGAAAGUGGAAAGCAAAAGGAAAAAAUAAUCUUUCUUCAGUCAGAAGUGGAAAAGAACCAGGUCCUGUCUAAGGAGCUGCAAGAGACAUUAAAGGCAAAAGAGCAAGAACUGAGUCAGCUGAAAACCAAUGUUGACCAGAAUUCUGGGAUGAUUGCAUCCAUGGAGAGAGAGCUGAGAGACAAGACAGAUGCUAUAUCAACAGCUCAGAAUUCAGUGGAGGAAAAAUCUCUUGAGUUGGAGAGGGUUCAUCAGCAGCUGAAACUGAAGGAGGAGAAGCUUGCAGAAGUGCAGCUCAAGCUUUCAGAAGCCGACAAAAAAUUGCUUGAGGCUGAAAAGAAAAAUACAGACACAGAUGAAAAGCUAGCAGAGAAAAUAUCUGAGGCUGAAAUGAUGAAAAUUAAAAAUGAAGAGCUCCAGCGAAGUCUAGAGGAAACAACUCAUGAAUUAACUGACUUGCAGACAAGUUUGGAGAGUUCAAAAACUGACAGUUCGCAAUCGGUUCAACUUUUACGGGAAAAAGAGGAGCGAGUGAAAGAGUUGCAAGCAGAACUGGACAAGGUGGUUAAAAGCCUUGAGGAGAGACAGUCAAAUUUGGAGAAAGUUGAGAAACAACUGGUAGACCUGAAGACCUCCUCGCAAGAGCAACUUCACCUGAAAGGCCAACAGUUUAACGAAGUCAAACUUAAUCUGGAAAAGGCACAGAUGGAGGUGGAAUCUAAGACCUCCCAGAUAGAGGAUUUGACCACACAGCUUGAAACCAUGACCAGCCAUUACCAAAAGGAGGUAGCUAACAGUGAUGAGAUAAGCACUCAGCUAAGAGAGAUUGAAAGCCAGUUAGAAGAGGAGAAGAGAAAGGGACAAGGGAGAGAAGAGAAACUAUCUGAUGUGGAGUCGCAGUUGAGCAAAUCGAAAGAGGAGUUAAGUCGGCUACAAGCAGAGAGGCAAGACCUUAUUGUUAAGAUAGAAGCUGGUGAGGGCACAGAGACAGUCAUUAACCAGCUGAAACAGGAAAAUGCAUCUAUUCAGGAAAAGUUGACUGCUGCUGAGCAAUCCUUGCAGGCAAUGACCUCUGACCACACAGCCAAUCAAGAAGCUCUCCACAAACAGCUGACAGAGGUCAAAGGUCAUCUGCAAACAUCUCAAGACAAGUGUAAAAAAUUACAGUUUCAGCUGGCUGAUAAGGGGGAAAAGUUGAAUACCCUUCAACAAAAACUUCAACAAACCGAGGGAGAGCUGAAAACUAAGAAUGAGCUGUUGGUGGCAUCAGAAGCUGCAAAAACCAGUCAAAGGUCAGACUUGGAGAAUCAUAUCAAAACAGCCCAGGUGGCCAUGGAGGAGAAAACUGCAGAGGUGGAAAAGCUAAAACAAGUUCUGGAGCAGACACAAAAUGAUUUAACAUCAAAGAAGGAGAAGAUAAUAGAACUUGGUCAGAAUAUCAAGGAACAGGGAGAGAAAAUCAGCCAGCUAACGAAAAAUAAUUUCGAUCUGGAAAGACAAAUUAAGGAAAAGUCAAAAAAUGUUGAAUCACUGACAAAAGAGAAGACUGAACUGGAUGGGAAAGUGGCAGAACUGAAGCAGAACUUGGAGAAAACACGGGCUUCCCUGUCUGAUCUGCAGAAAACUCUGGAAAAGAAUCAAAAGACUGCUGCUUCAGACAUCAGCACAUUAAAGGAACAAUUUAACCAGGAGAAACAGGAUGUGACCCAAAUAAGGCAGCAGUUGGAAAAAAAGGUGAAAUUGUUGAUGACAGAGUGUGACAAGUUAAGAGAGGAUGGACAGAAGCUGGAGAAGAGUUUAGCAGAAACACAAACAGAUUUACAGUCCACAAAACAGCAGCUGGUUGAAGAAAAGAAGCGCUCUAUGGAAGAAAAGGCAGUAUUGUCAUCCACAGCAGAAAAAUCAUCAGCAGAGCAUCAGCAAACUGUGUCUGAAUUAAAAACGCAGAUAGAAAGAUUAAAAGGACAAUUGCAGAAGGAAAAUGAAAACCUCAAGGAAAAAAUGGAGCAGGAAACUCAUUUAAAAGAAAAAUUGAACGGGUUGGAAGAGGAAAAGUCGAACUUGUUAAAGGACACAGAAGAGCUGCAGACCCAAGUGACCUCAUUACAAGCUUUAAUUCAGGAGAAAGAUUCCCAUUUCAAACAAAAAUCGGAUGAGUUCAGCAGCACCCAAGGUAAUCUGCAGGAGGUGUUAAAACAACAGACAGAUGAGAUAGAAGAAUUGACGAAGAAACUUUCUGACACUGAGAAUUCUCUGAAGUCAAAGGUAGAAGAAUAUGAUAAAUCCCAGGAAUCAUUCAAAGAUCUUUUGGAAAAGAAUCAGAAUCUCAAGGCAUCGGUAGAAAACCUGGAGUCUGAGUUGAAGUCAACACAGACACAACUGACUGAAGUCCAGUCACAGCUGUCAAAUGUCCAAGCAGAACUAUCUCAGGCUGUGGAAAGAGAAAAGGACCUUAAUAACACAAUUCAGGAAAUCUCAGAGGUCAGAGGAGCAAUGAACACAAAGAUGGUGUCGCUGGAUGAAGAACUACAAGAAGUCAACAAAGUUAAGGAUUUAUUACAAAGCGAAAAGGAUAAAUUUGAAAAAGAACUGACAGCAUUAAAAAAAUCUCAUGAGGAUCUAAGAGUUGCAGCAGAUUCUUAUGAGAAAGAUGUUGUUACCUUGAAAACCAGCUUGGAAACAGAAAAAUCUGAAAGGCAACAGGAAGUUACUACCUUUCAUGAAGCACAAGAUCUGCUCAUCUCACAGAAACUAGAGGUGCAGAAUAAAGUCACAGACCUUGAAGUGCAGCUUGCAAAGGCUGUGGAGGAGCAUAAUGAUAUCAGAGAAAAUGCUGUGCGGGUUCAGGAGAUGCUGAGAGAAGAAAACAGUGCAUUGCAAACAAAACUGUCUUCAGAACAGCAGGCUAAGGAAGAGCUUCAGCAAAAGAGUGAAGAGAGCGAGGCCAGGUACGAGAUGCAGCUAACAGCCCUUAACGAGAAUCUGACAACAAUCCGGGCAGACCACAGCAGCACACAGUACCAGCUUGAGCAGCUCAGCAAAACCAGGGACGACCUCAUGGGAGAGAAGCUGGAAUUGGAAGCUAAACUUGAAAACAAUAAUGAAGAGAGAAGAGCACUGCUGGAAAGAUGUCUUGCCAGUGAAGGAGAAUGUGAAAAAUUAAGGGAAAAGAACACAGAGAUGAGACGAAAGCUUGAGGACACCCAGGCAGCCUUACAGGAGCUAGGGCGAGAAAACCAAUCCUUGCAGAUUACAAGUGCCAAAUCCAAAAGUCGGAAAUGGACAGAUGAUGGCGAAGUGUCUGACUGCAUGGGGUGUAAUAAAGCUUUCUCUGUAACAGUGAGGAAGCACCACUGUCGCAACUGUGGAAACAUAUUCUGCAACGAGUGCUCCUCUAAACAAGCUCCAAUAGCCUCUUCAAAGAAACCGGUGCGAGUGUGUGACGAUUGCUUCCAAGAAAUCAAGCAGCGAAGUGGUGGGCAGUUGGUGGAUGCGUGAAAUGUUUGACAACCAACCGAGCCUGUGUAAAGCUGACUAUAAAGACAGAUCUAAGAUGUGACAGUCCAGUGAUCUGUUUUGGUGUGAACUUUCAUUUGUAAGCUAGAAUUCAUUUGCUCAGUGAAAAAACAAAGAGCAAAUAUUACUAUAGUUCUGAUACUCAGAAUAAAAACAUCAUGUCUGAGUUUUUCCUAAGAUUUCAGUUGGUACCUGUGCUCCUUCAUCCUUUGUUUAAAAACUUGAAAUUGCACUAAAAUAGUUUACAUUGUAGGCCUUUACCUCAUUGCUGUGUCAGCUUUGACAGAGUAGAAUAGAGUAUUUGUAAUUGCAUACAAAGGUGUUUUCGUAAGGCAAUGCCUGUCCAUAAUUCUUCAUGAAUAUUUUUUUUCAAUUGCUCACAAGCUUAAUGCAUGAAUGCACACUAUUUGGCUGAAUGUUAGUUUUACUGAUAGAAUUCAUUCCCCAAAAAAAAAAUGUUGUGAUAUGAUUUAAGACACGCUCUCAGAUUUACAUCUCUGAACAGUCACAAGCAUUAAGUAGGAAGGGUUUUCAACAUGUAAGUAAGGAAGAAAAUGUUUAUCAUGUUCACAGUUUUGAGGAAAAAAAUGUAUAUUUUUUUUUUGACAUGCCAAGACUCUUCAAGAUUGUGAUCAUGUUUAUUUUGCGAACACAUUCCAAUAGCUCAUUAAAUGUUUUUCCUGUGAUCUAGUUAAUGCAAAAAGAUAUAUUAAGACUCGAGCUAAUUUUUAUCUCUUAAUUGGUUACAUAUGGCUUUUCUAAAUGUAUAGAAAGCUGUAUACAAAUAGGUAAGACUUAAUAAGGGCUGCUUGAAUACCAGAAACACAUGCAUGUAUCAAGGUAGGUCAAAUAUGUGUACACAUAAUAUGCUUUACAUACCGCUCUCUG